AUGCAGUGCUUCGUGGGCUGCUUCCGGGCGUGGUUUCUCCCGGAGCCAGACUCCAAGCUGCCGGACCUCCGAAUCUUGUCUGUGAAUGACGUCUACAAGCCCGAGCGACUGGCCUUGGUUCGGACAGUUGCCCGAGCGGCUGUAGACCCUGGUGUACUCGUCAAGCAAGUGCUGCCUGGAGACUUGCUUGGCGGCUCUUUAUAUGCUAGUGAGCAUCUGGGAGAAUCGACCGUUGACGUAUUGAACUCCUUGGGGGUUGAUUACUGCCUUCUGGGAAAUCACGAGUUUGACUACGGUGAAAAACGCCUCCGAGAGUUGAUGGACAAGUCUCGGUUCCCAUGGCUCGGCUCGAACGUACGCGACCGCGACUCGCAGUCCAUCUUUCAUACUGCUCUGGAUUCGGACACUUUCUGGGUGCAGUCCAGCCAUGGCCCUGUUCUUUGUGGCUUGUUUGGCUUAUGCACUCCAGCUACCCCUCAGCUUUCAGACCCGGGACACAAUAUCAGCUUCGAAGACCCUAUCUCACAUGCAAGGAGGUGCGUAAAGGCUCUUCGGGCCUCGGGCUGCGAAUUGAUCGUGGCCCUGACGCACUUAAGCCUUCAUCAGGACAAGCAGCUGGCCGAAUCCUGCGAUGGUAUCCAUGUUAUUUUGGGAGGCCACGACCAUGACCCAUACUACUUGAUCCACCACGGCGUGUUGAUUGCCAAAUGUGGACAGAAUGCUGAGUAUGUUGGCAUUCUGGACUUGUACCUGACGCGAGCUCUUGCCGGCGUGGAAGUGAAGCAUUCCUUCCACUUUCGCAGUACUGCAGCCGUCAAAGAGGAUCCCGCCGUGGUGGAGGCUGUUUGCAGGUGGAAGAAAUCGACGACCAGCACCGAGGAGGAGCUUUGCGUAGUGGGAUCGCCGCUGUCCAGUCGGACAUAUGAACUCCGUUCCACUGAAAAUGCAUUUGGCUGUUUGGUUGCGGAUGCUGCGUUCUGGGCCUGCCGCCCGCACGGCUGCCACGGGGCCAUCAUCAACGGGGGCUUCAUCCGGCAGGACAGGCUGUACCCAGCGCAUUCCGUCUUGACAGCUCAGCAGGUGAGCGAGGAACUCCCGUUUGCCGAGUGCCCGGCGGUGGUGCGUAUGACAGGCCAGAGCCUGCGCUAUGCUUUGGAGGAAAUGUUGGCCUCGGCUCCAACUCCAGUGGGUUGCUUUCCGCACGUGUCAACAGGUAUGGCUGUCAGCUACGAUCCUAGCGCUCCGCCCUUUGCGCGAGUACAAGGCUUAGAAGUGGACGGUCGGACAGUUGACCCAGAUGAGCAGUAUUUGGUGGCGAUAAACCGGCUCUUCAGUGAAGUUGCGGCGGAUGGUGUGCGAACUUUUUGCAAAUGCGAACGCACCUAUACUCACCACCAGCUCUUCCGAGACUUGGUGAUGGACUACCUGCGAGAACGCAGGCAUGUAAGUGGUGAGCUUCCGGGGCGCCUUGUCCCGGUCACAGCUGUUGCCAAUGUGGAGGCUACGCGACAGCUGGCUUCUGACCGGACCUGCUGGCAAAGCGAUCGUAGAGAGGCACUCGCAGUGGAAAGGGCAGGCACCAUGCGGCGCCGCAGGUACGCCACUCUGCCCACAGAAGACAUGCUCGAAAAGAUUACCAAGAUGAUGAACCGGAUGACGACGCUUCGGAAGAUCGAAGAGCUUCACUCUCCGAGGACUCCGGUGACGGCCAGGCUGAUGAAGCAGAGCCUGAUGUCAGCAGACGGGAAGACAGCCGAUACGACGACGACCAGCAGGAAGUCGACACGCAAGACCGGCACAGCCACCACAACAGACAUGUGCGACCUAAAGAAGAAGUUCAAUUGGAUGCACCGGCAGCCUGUGGUUCACAAUGCGUCACACCCGUCUAGGCCCUCAUCACCGGUGGAAUCGAACCAGACAGUGCAUGACAGCUCCGCUCGAGCCGUCGGAGGACAACCGCCCCCGACCGGCUUGCAUCAAGAAUCCAUACGGACUGGAUGGCUUGUAACUUCGUCGUGCUGGGCCAUCCUCACAUUGGUGGCAGCGGCCAUAGCUCUAUGGCUCAAGCGACCCGAGUUGGCCGAAAGGGGCAUGUGCUUCGUGACCAAGAGGAUUUCAAAAAUGAAAUGGGAGCCAGAGUUACAAAGAAAAGAAGUCGCAGUGCAGGCUGGCGAACCUUGCAAUGAUCGGCCACAAGAUAUACAAGAUGCGCAGGAUUUGGUCUCCGCCUUCAUUGCCCAGUACGGCGUCGACGCAUCGGCAGAAGGUGCGUUGAGAAAUCUGCCAGCGGAUGCGCAACGCCAGGUCAUCGGAGAGGGCCCGCUGAGAGGGCUGAAUGCGUCCGCGUUGCUCAUGAGCCGAAUCAGAAGGGUGCAGGGAAGCCUUGCGGCAGUCACCUCACAUCCGAUGGGUCCUGGAGGAAUGAAUCCGCCGAUGCCUGCAAAGAGCGGGGUGGGCCCGCUGUAG